AUGGAUGAGGUGAACGUGCACUACAACGACCUGCUCUACUUCUGUGAGGUACACUGGCUGAGUCGAGGGGCCAUGCUGUCUCGGGUGUGCGACCUUCAGCAGGAGAUUGCCACCUUUCUACGUCAGAAGAACCUUCCCCACGCUGAUCAGUUCUCUGAUCCGCGGUGGCUAGUUCGCCUGGCCCUGCUCACGGACAUCACGGCGCACCUGAACACCCUCAACGUGAAGCUGCAAGGCAAAGACAUUCUCGUGACAGACAUGUACGCGCACAUCACUGCCUUCGAGGUUAAACUGCGCUUGUGGGAGGCUGAAUUGGCUUCUGGUCAGUUUGUGCAUUUUCCUCGCCUUGCUGCAUGUGCCCCUGACGAUGUGGACCUGGGCACUUGCGUUAGUGUCGUCAACUCUCUACGUGAGGAAUUUGCUUCCCGUUUUGCAGGAGUCAGGGUGCUGGCUGCAGACUUCAAGCUUUUCACUGCUCCCUUUGCCUUCCCCGUGGAAGACGCCCCUGCCUCCCUGCAGAUGGAAUUGGUGGAGCUGCAGUGCAACGAUGAAAUGAAGGCGAAAUUCCGCAUCUCUUCUCCGUUGUCCUUCUUCCGCGACAUCGUGCUCCCUUCUAACAAUUUUCAAAAAUACAUUGCGAAUGUCCAACGCAUUGUGGCCAUGUUCGGCAGCACCUACUGCUGUGAACAGCUCUUCUCAAAAAUGAGGUACACGAAGUCUCACCUUCGCUCCCAACUCUCGGACCGCCACCUCAAUGACAUUCUUCUGUUGUCUACCUCAACCAUCAAGCCAGACAUGGAAAUGCUUCUUCAUGGCAAACAGCACCAGCAGUCUUAUUGA